GUCUGAAAUGUUCCACGCAGACACCUUCCCCUUUGUCUGAGAGGAUGCUCAGAGGACUCUGCCUUGAGAUGAAGAUGCUGCUGGCUUUGUUCUUCAUCCUCUUUGAGAUGCACACAUCUGUUUCCCAGAACACUGUAUGUGAUGGAGACUUGGUUGCUGACAUUGCAUUUAUAGUUGAUCGUGGUACUUCAAAGUCAAACUUUGAAGAAUUAAAAAAGUUCCUGCAAAACCUAACAUCCUCAUUUGACCUGAAGGAGAACUGCGUAAGAAUUGGCCUGGUGAUGUACACUGAUGGACAAGAAGUGGCAUCUCAUCUGAACACAGACACAAACAAAGCUGAAAUUCUGCAGAUAAUAAGGGACCUUUCUGCUGGGUCAGGAAAAGCCUACACUGGUGCAGCUGUUAAUGUCACAAGGCUAAAGCUCUUUACUGAAAGUGCUGGGAGCAGAAAGAAGCAAGGAGUAGAGCAAAUAGCUGUUCUGAUUACCCACAGACGCUCUCAAGACAACGUGACUGAUGUUGCUACUGCUCUGCGCAGAAGUGGCGUGACAGUGUUUGCCAUAGGCGUUGGAGAUGCUUCUGAUCAACAGCUGGUCCAGAUAGCCUCUUAUCCUCAAGAGCAGUAUGUUACCCAUCUCAAGGUGUUCUCUGAUCUGCAAGGGCAAAGUACAAUUUUUCAAAAGAAGCUCUUGAAUCAAAUACAAAACGAGCUUUAUGUCCAACCUGAAAGAAAAGAGAUUCUCAAAACAGGAUGCCUGGACACAGAAGAAGCUGAUAUUUAUUUUCUUGUUGAUGGUUCAUCAAGUCUUAGAUACUUGGAUUUUGUGGAUAUGAAGAGAUUUUUGAAGGAAAUGGUUAGCCUGUUUGACAUAGGAAUAAGCAAAGUUCGGUUUGGACUCGUGCAGUUCUCACAUGUCAAUGAACUGGAGUUUAAACUUGAUAAAUACACUUCAACAAGUGAUGUGGUAAAAGCGAUUGAAAAUGUUCGUCAAAUUGGUGGAAAUACCCUUACAGGGGCAGCUCUAGCUUACAUGAAGCCAUUGUUUCAAGAGGCCAAGAGACCAGCAGUGCCUUGCCAUCUAGUUGUUCUCACAGACGGAGAGUCACAGGACAGCGUGAAGGAAUCAGCCAUGAAACUCAGGGAAGACCAGAUUAACGUUUAUGCCAUUGGUGUGAGGGGAGCUAAUACAACUCAGCUUUAUGAGAUUGCAGGAGUGAAAAACAGAGUGUACUUUGUACAUAAUUUUGACUUGCUGAAAGACAUAAAAAGUGAAAUUGUCCGAGAGAUCUGUACCGAAGAAGCCUGCAAAGAAAUGAAAGCUGAUGUCAUGUUUCUACUGGACAGUUCUUCAAGUAUUGGAGAUGAGAAUUUUCGAAAAAUGAAAAACUUCACACAAGAGCUGGUGAACAUGAUAUAUGUUAGCGCAGAUAGAAUGCAGAUUGGUGUUGUCCAGUUUAGCCAUGAACCAAAGGAAGAGUUCAAGCUCAACACCUACUCCACCAAAAGAGAUAUCCUCAGUGCUAUUGAUGGGAUAUAUCCCCUUGAGUCCAGCACACUAACAGGAGAAGCACUGAAGUUCAUGCUUCAAUACUUUCAAGCCAGUGGUGGUUCACGUCAUGGAGUUAAAAAGAUUCUUAUCUUGAUCACAGAUGGGGAAUCACAAGAUGAAGUCGAAGCCCCUGCCAGAGUACUCCGGCAUGAAGGCAUUAUUAUCUACUCUGUUGGAGUUUUUAAUGCAAACAAAACUCAGCUUGAAGAGAUUAGUGGGAAGCGUGAGAGGGUAUUCUAUGUUGAAAAUUUUGAUAUUCUAAGACAGAUAAAUAGCGACCUCAUUUUUGAAAUGUGCACUAGUCAACCUGAUGAUAAAUGCAAAAGAGUGGAACGUUUAGACAUUGUGUUUGUUAUGGACAGCUCUGGAAGCAUAAGCUACUCACAGUACGAGACCAUGAAAAACUUCACAAUUACCCUGGUGAAACAAUCUAAUGUCGGCCCAGAUGGAGUUCAGUUUGGAGCAUUGAAAUAUUCUGAUGAACCAGUAGGGCUCUUCUAUCUCAAUGAGUAUACUACAAAACUGGGUAUUACUGAGGCCAUCAAGAGAGAUGACCCUCUAGGACAAAAUACUUACACAGCAAAGGCACUGAUCCAUUCAGAAAUGUUCUUCACUGAACAACACGGCAGCCGCAAGAGCAAAGGAGUUCCCCAGGUGCUGAUAGUGAUAACUGAUGGGGAAUCCCAUGAUACAGACAUGCUGGAUGACGUGUCCCAGAGAUUAAGGAACAAAGGAAUUGCCAUCUACGCAGUUGGAGUUGGAAACGCAAAUCGAAAUGAACUUGUGACAAUGGCUGGUUCAGAGGACAAAUGUUUCUACGUGGAUACCUUCGAAGGACUUGAGACCUUAACUGCAAAUUUAACAGAUAAUAUGUGUAAUAUUUCAGUACCGGAGUGUCCGAAGGAAGCAGAUGUCAUUUUCCUAAUGGAUGGUUCCAGAAACAUAGAUGAAGAAAACUUCAGGAUAAUGAAGGACUUUGUGACAAGUGUAAUCAGUCCAGCUGUUAUUGCCCAAAACACCAAAAUUGGCUUUGCGCUGUAUGGUGGUGUCUAUAAAGAAGAGUUCAACCUAGGCAUUUUUCCAAACAGAUCAGAACUAGAAUUUAAAAUUCAAAGCAUCAAACAAAUUAAAGGAUAUCAAAGUAAUAUUGAAAAUGCACUUGAGAAAGUGAAACUCAACUUCCAACCAGAAAAGGGUAGCAGAAUACAUGAAAAUGUCCAACAGAUUUUAGUGGUAAUCAUGGCUGGACGAACAACCAGUAGAGCUGCAAGAGCAGCAGAAAGCCUGAGGAAGAAAGGUGUUGAUAUAUAUGCCAUCGGUGUGGGAAAUGUUGAUCAGUCCCAGCUGACACAGAUAACUGGAUCAUCAAGUAGGAAAUAUGUCGUUGAUGAUUUUUCUAAAUUGAAGACCAUUAAAAAAAGACUGGUUGAUGUUAUUUGUGAGGAUAGUAGAAAAGUGGCUUGUUUUGUGGAUAUCACUGUGGGAUUUGACAUCUCAUCACAGACAGAAGGUCACCACUUAUUUCAUGGACAGAACAAACUGGAAAAACGCUUCCCUGAGAUUUUGCAAGCCCUCCUGUCAGUAAAGGAUGUGAGCUGCAUUGCUGGGUCCAAGGUACAGAGCAGCGUGGCUGUUCAAGUGAAGAAUACUGUUACUCCAAUAUCCACAAAAUUCUACAUUGACAGUGAAUCUAUCUGGCAUACCCUGUCAAAUGCUGUGAUUGAGAGACCAUCCCAACUUAAUGUUGAGUUCUUGCAGUCACUCUGGGAAACGUUUGAGGACAAGGAUGAAACCCGAAAAAAGGUUUUACUUGUGUUUUCGGAUGGUGUGGAUGAUGACUUAGAAGCACUUGAACAAAAAUCUGAAGAGCUUAAAGAGAAAGGUUUGGAUGGUCUUCUAAUUGUUGCUCUGGAAGGAGCCUCCAACAUUCAAAACCUCCUAUCCAUUGAGUUUGGAAAAGGAUUUGAAUAUGGAACUCACUUAGAUAUUGGCAUGAGAGAUAUCGCUAGCAGGCUAUCCAAGUUCUUGAACAACAUUGCUGAGAGGACCUGCUGCUGCUCGUCUUGCAAAUGUAUUGGCGAGGAAGGUGGCAUUGGAGACAGGGGAAAACAAGGGAUAAGGGGACCCAAGGGUCUUAAAGGGAACCCGGGAUAUCCUGGAGAUGAAGGAGUACCAGGCUCAAGAGGACCACCGGGACCACAAGGACGACAAGGCAGUAUGGGAUGUCCAGGCACAAGAGGUUUAAAGGGACAUCGAGGAUUUGUUGGAAAAAAGGGUGACAGUGGGGAAGAUGGGAUUGAUGGAAUUAGAGGAGAAGAGGGAUCUCCUGGGGUUCCUGGGAAGAAAGGAGAAAAGGGUGACGUUGGAUAUCCGGGAAGUCCAGGACCAAGAGGAUCCCCCGGAGAUCGUGGCCAGAAGGGCUUUCGAGGAGAUCCUGGUAACCCUGGACUGAGCAAUGAAAUAACAGGACCAAGAGGCUUUGCAGGAGAAGAGGGGGAAGAGGGUGAGAGAGGACAAGACGGCUUACCUGGCUCACCAGGAGGUGUAGGCAACCCGGGAAGACCAGGACAAAGAGGGCAAUGGGGACCAGAGGGCAAUCGUGGACAGCCUGGUGAGAGAGGCUUGCAAGGAAAACAAGGAUACAAAGGACCUCAGGGAGAAGAAGGCAUUAAUGGUCAAAAAGGACAGAGAGGGAGACCAGGACCUAAGGGUCCUCCAAAUAAACCAGGAACUGUGGGUCUGCCAGGGGCUUCUGGAGCUCCGGGGAAACCAGGAAUUAAAGGACAACCUGGUGAUCCAGGACCAAAAGGAGAAAGAGGUCCAUAUGGUUUUCGUGGAAGGCCGGGAGAAGAUGGUGCUUUUGGAUAUGGUCUACCUGGAGAAAAAGGAGUAAAGGGGAAUAGAGGCCUUCCUGGAGAUUUUGGACGAAAGGGUGAGGCUGGGGACAGAGGAAAUGCAGGGAAACAUGGACUAAAAGGACACAGAGGCAGAAUGGGUAUUCCAGGACCUGCUGGUCCGGAAGGCAGUCCAGGAGACAGGGGAGCUCCAGGACGCAGGGGAAGUAAAGGACAGAAAGGACAAGCCUCAUUUUCUCCUUGUGAGCUCAUUGACUACAUCCGCGAACACAGCCCUUGCUGGGAUGGAAAACCGAGAUGCCCAUUAUAUCCAACAGAACUGGUGUUUGCCUUGGACAUCUCGAGGACAGUCACUCCUGAGACAUUUGAACUAAUGAGAGAGAUUAUGAUAGAGAUAGUGAGUGAGGCCAGAAUCAGGGAGAGCAACUGCCCAGUGGGAGCCAGAGUUGCUGUUGUUUCCUACAACUUGGUUACGCACUACCUCAUCCGCUUCUCAGAGUUUCAAAACAAGAAUAAGCUACUCGAAGCACUAGGAAGUAUUUCUUACCAGAGAUCGUCCAGUGGACGGGACACUGGAGGUGCAAUGAGAUUUAUUGCCAGGAACGUUUUCAAGAGAACUCUACAAGGUCCUCAUGUGAGAAAAAUAGCUGUAGUUUUCAGCCACGGGCCAGCCACAGAUGCAUCUUCUGUUAAACAAGCUGUCCUGGAGAUGAGUGCAGAAGAAGUCCUUCCAGUAGUUAUUGCUUUUGAAAACACACCCCAUAUCUCGCAAGCUUUCCUGAUGGAUGAGUCUGGAUUGUUUGAGGUGCUAAAUGUUCGUGAUGGGCACUAUAAUGAUGCGUUACGAAGAUUUCAGGUCUGCACUUUGUGCUAUGACAUGUGUAAACCAGAUGCUUUUUGUGAACAUCCCAGGCCCAGUUUACCGAGAGAAUAUAUAGAUGCUGCCUUCAUUCUGGAUAGUUCACAGAAAAUAAGUGGUGCUGAAUUUGAGCAAAUCAAAGAUUUCAUGAGCAAAGCAGUCACUGCAUUCAACAUUUCCUUGGAUCCAAAAACAUCUGUUGUAGGGGACAGAAUUGCUGUGGUGAGCCAUGCACUACCAGAUUUCAAAGCAGGCGCAGGGAAGAAGUCAGUAAAGAAAGAAUUUGACUUUGUUACCUACAGGAGUAAAGACCGAAUAAGAAGAUAUAUUGAAGAAUCUCUUCAACAGCUGAAUGGAGAGGCUGUCGUGGGCUCUGCCAUGCAAUGGACAAUUGCUAACAUUUUCUCAGCGGCUCCCAAUCCAAGGCCACACAAAGUUAUCAUCAUUAUAUCUGCUGGAGAAACAAGUCAAUGGGACAAAGGAAUAUUAAAAAAAAUCUCCCUGCGAGCUAAGUGCCAAGGCUAUGCACUCUUUGUAAUUUCAGUAGGAAAGUCCUAUGACAGAAAUGAACUGGAAGAGCUUGCAAGCACUCGUCUGGAAGAGCAUUUGAUUCAGCUUGGCAGAAUCCACAAGCCCGAACUUGACUAUGUAAUGAGGUUUCUGAAGCCAUUCAUACGUUUCCUCAGGAGUGAGAACAACUACCCACCAGAAGAGCUCAAGGCAAGGUGUAGCAGGCUUGGCUUUCGGAGCUUUGAAACAGAAGAGAUGUCUGCAGACCAUGUCACCAUAAAGGCUACUUCAUUCAGUCCUCCCUGGUACUUGCAGGCUGACAGAAAAUAUACUCCUUUAAGAAAAAGAGUUUUCACCAAGAAGAAACAAAGCUAAAGUAACUAGAAAUUUAUGGCACAGUUUUCAGAAACGUGGGGACUGUGGGUGAAAGUAGAAUCCACAUUUGAAAGAAACAAGCAAGAAGGGAAAAUAGUAACAUCAUUGCAUCAACCAGCCCUAGAUGGAUCCUAACUCAUCCUGACAAUACUACGUAGAAGGAGGGGAGGCUCUUCCCAGCUUCAAUCUGAUCUUUUCAUUACUUUUCUCCUUCUCUAUGGGCAAGUGAGUGAUUCACAUAAACCUCUGUCCUUUUCCUGACAAAACCCUCUCUAAAGGGUGCAUCUCUAAGCCUGAUGCUUUCUCUAUUCACCUGCUGUCUCUUCCCAGAUAGCCUUUUAAAGCUUUCUCUCAGCUCCAUGCUGUUUCCAAGAUUGAAGUGAAUACAAACUGAACUGCUGAGUUAGUAUCAGAAUAGUCUGUAGGAGCUUAGGUAAAAGAAGCAGACCUUGUUCUGGAAAAAAUCCUGCAAAUCAUUCUUAACUUUUUCUUGAUUUGAGUUUCCUGAGAAUGGGUUUUGUGUUUUUGCAAUCAAAUUUUGAAUCAAAUCACAUGCUUCGUAACUUUUUCCUGAAUUCUUUCUAGCUUUCAUGCCCUUCCUGGGGUGUGAAUACCAGGCACAGAUACAAUGUUCUAAGAAGAAAAUUGUCAGUACCACGAAGAGACAAAAUGGCUUUCCCAUGCAAUUUUCUGCUAUUCAUCAUCCUUUAUGAAAUCAUUAGCAAAGUUUGCUGAAAUCGUGAUCUGAUGGUGGCUCUUUUGAAAAGUGCUAAAAGAAAAGUUAUUUUUAAUAGUGUCUCCUAUGAAAAAUUAGGAUAAAUGCAGAGAGACGCUUGGUCAGCGGGAGGCCAGAAGCAGGGAUUUCAAGGGGGUUCAGAAAGCGUUUAGAGAGAGUAUAUUGGACUAUAUCAGAUUAAUUGCAGACAGAGUUCAUGGAUUCUCCAUUUUCCAUAUGCUUAGCUUUUUCAUUUUUCCUUUUCUCUUGCAUCCUUAAGAGGGGAAGAUGGAUUGUGUUUCAUUGUUAGGGAGUACAACGCUCCACAGUUAUGAGAGAUGUUUUAUUCCUGUCUAUUUCCAUCACAGAGCACUCAUUAUGUCUCUGGGCUCAAUCCAGCAUGUGAAUUGGGAAGAGGUUUCCUCAACGAAAUACUUGCUAUCUUAAUUACAAAGAGCAUGCAGAAUAUGGGGAGAAAUAAAUGAAGAAAUAAAUUUCUGUCUUCAUAAGGAGAUGUUUUAGUUUGCUUUUUCUCUCAGAUAUCUGUGAAGGAGAAAAGGAAUGUGCUCCCCUUAAAAGGCACACAGUCACCUGAAGGCAGGCAGAACCAGUUCAUGAUUUUACUCUGGAAGUACACUGCAUCCCAGAGAGAUGUCUCUUUCUCUUCAGUGUUUCAGGGAACAGAUCACUAGAAAGGUGCUUGUUUUGAAAUUACUGUACCUGUCUCUCAUGCCUCAGGAAAUUAUAUAUUAAUAUGUAACCUCUGUACUGCGCAGAUGGGGCUAUUGAGAGGCUGCAUUCUGCCACGGUGUUCAGCUCAUCUGGGCUCUUUACUGGUGCCAUGAACUUUGUGUUCUACUUUUUCUGUUAUUAUUAGGCUACAUUGCAGGAUUUCCAUUUAUGUCAGUGGCUUUGCUGUAUCAUGUAUAUACUUCCUUAUUAAAAUGUUCUGGACAAAAAGCAUCCAUACAACAAUUUAUUUCAGAUGAAAGAGAACUGCGAAGUAAAAAGUCAAUUGGGUAUUUUCAUGUGUAUAUUCAUGUCUUUGCAAUUUACAGCAUCAGUCAUGCCUCACAAAAUGAAUUGUCCCUCAGAGGUGCAGGAAUCUGGGAAAUGUGAGGGUGGAGUGCAAGAAAAAAAGAGUUUUCCUUAUCUUCCAAGAAUCCUUGCAAGGAGCUGGGCCAUAAUGGAGUUCUGACACAGAAAAAUAGAAAACAUCUGGAAAAGGAGAACACAUUCAUUGCAUUUGAGUUACGUGAUUUCAAGUCAUAAAAAUGAAAAACGUGGUGACUGCUCAAAAGUUGCACAAUUCGUGAAGCUUCAGAUAAUGAUUUUAAUAAAUUAACAACUAGAAAUGAGCAUGUGCCAUAGCUCUUUAUAGCUUGUUAAUUAUAAUAUGUUCAACACAGAAUAUCAGCUUCUUUUUAUAGAUAAAGCUAAAAACCUCAGGGAAAUAAGGUGUCUGUUCUGAUAACAUUAAAAUUACCAACAACUUCACACAUUAUAUUCUUUAAUUUGGAAUUGUGCUGUACCCAGUAUGACUUGAAAGAAUGGUUUUUAAAUUGUCCUCCAAAACAAAAAAAAUCUUAACUAUCAGAAUUGCCAGUAGAAAUAGCUUAAAGGUGUCAUAUAUCUAUAAUAAUGGGUUUCUUGCUGAUAGAAACUUCUUUUAAAAAUAAGUUACUGCUCCUAUUUUACAAGAGAAGUCCAAGGUUAACUUUAUAGAAGAAAUUAAUUUUCAUAUUAUUUCUGUAAAAGAAGAAUUGGAUCUGGGUAUUAACAAAGGCCUAGUUACUGUAUCUUUUAUGAAGCUGUAAAAGACUGUAAGGUGGGUAUGGGGGAAUAAGGAAACAGGACACUAUCCGUUUUACUGUUCAAGAGGUCUUUUCUAAAGAAGAUGGGAUAGAGAAUGACAACAUUUCUUCAACAUUUGAAGAAAUGCUUUCUCCUGUGCAAAGUUCCUUGAUUUUGUUCUUUGUUCAUUUAAAUGGAAAACAAAAAAAGGGGGGAAAAAGAGUUAAUCCUGUAAUUGGAAACAGUUGCAUCCUUGGCCAGGCUGAGCGGGUAAGGAGGAAAAGGUUGGAAAGGGGAUUUCUCCUACUCUGCUCUGUGCCAUCAGCCCAGCUGUCCUGCUUCUGCCCAUAAGCAUAUUCUCAGCAUCCUGUCGUCAUCUCUCUCCCCAUUGUUUCAUAGCACAGUUGAAUGCUGAAAGCCAUUUAAUUUAUAGUUCUACCUUGAAGUUCUGUCUUACUCUUUCAAACCCUUCUCUUUGCUUUACCACCGUCAAACAAAAUAAUUAUAAAUAAGCAAUCAUUUAUAAUAAGAAAUUUGCAUCUAUUUUAACUAAUUUGCAACAGCAACAACAUGUUGUUGUUUGCGGGUUUUGUUGGGUUGUUUUGUUUUGGUUUUUUUUAAGGUUGGACUCGAUGAUCUCAGAGGUCCCUUCCAACCACGGUGAUUCUGUGAUCAUCUGCAGCAGUAACAUCAACCAUGCUUGAUUUGGGGACUGAGAGCAAAAUAAUGUCUGUAACUCAGCUUGCUUGCAUCAUUCUCAGUUCUUUGUCUCCCCUGUGAUUUUCAGCCAUAUUCUUCCUUGUCCUCUUCUCUUCAUGAAUCUUUGAAAGACCACUUUCUUUGGCAGUCCCUUUCUCUUCUACGUACCUAAUAAUAUUGACUUCUUUCUUCUUAAUUAUGCUAGCGAAGUCUCUGGUGAUAUGGUCUUUUCCCAAAGGACUGCACUUGGUCUCUUUUAUCUAAUAACUUCUAGGUAACACCCAUGGAAUAUAUUGUAAUAACAUUCCAUUUCAGUUUCUUCUAAUGCCAGCUUUGCUUUACUCACAGUGCUAAUGGUUUCCCUCUCUUCGAGACUCGAUGGCACCUGCCAGCCUUAUGACAUCUGCUCCAAUUUUGACAAAAAGUAACUUACCUGAGCAAAGCUACCUCUUUGCUUUCUCUAUAGUCCAGAUAUACUUCCCCAUGAGAGUUUAAAGUUAGAAGGCAAAGGGAUUUGUGAUCCCAGCUGGAUUUUUAAAAUCUCGGAAUAGUCUGGUAAUUCAUAGCAGUCUUGUUAACAUUAAAACACUUCUGCUAAAUUCCUAAAAAUAUAAUUUUCCUCUUCCAUUGUACAGAAAUCUGUGCACACAAAUAAAAUUACUUUUUUCCACAGGCCAUGCCUGUCAGAAAAUUCAUGCUGGAGUUGUUGCAAAAUCACAGCUUUUUAAUUUCCAACAUGCCAUUUUUGUAUAGAGCAGUUUGGAGAUUAAUAGCCCUUGGAAUGGAUUCUUUUUCUGCUCUAAAUUUAUUUAAGCAUAAUUUGAAUAGCCCAAAGUAAGGAGCUCCAUCACUUAAUUGCAUGCUUUAUGAAAUAGUACCUUCCUUUUUACAUGUUUACCUCAGCUUUUAUUUUAUACUCUAUAGUUCUCUCAUUAUCAGAGCGAGCAAAUAGUUAUUGCCUAUUCAGUUUUCCCUGUGUCAUUGCUUAUUUACAGAUCUCUGUCAUCUCUUUCUUUGGGCUUCUAUU